AUGGAUGGGCUGACCGGCAGCGAGAUCGCCGGCUUCGUGGUGGGUGCGCUGCUGCUCGGUGCCACCAUUGCUGCGCCCAAGGUCGACGGCUUCAUUGCCUCCUCCCAAAGAAGGUCACUUGGUAUGUGUAAAAGGUGCGAUGAUCUUCAGAUUGUAGCAUGCUCACAGUGCAAAGGAAUGGGCUCAGUUCGGAAAGGAGGCGUACUUAGUUUGGGCAUGCUAGAUGAUCUCUACGAAUCACUUGGAGCUGAAUUUGGUUCCAUGCACAAAGUGCAGAUCCAAAGGCCAUCUCUUGUGUCAGGAGUGCUCGAAGAUUGCAUGACCUUGAAUAAUAAUGGUACAAGGAAAUAUAAGGUUCUAAGCUAUGCUCACAAAUCUGCGGCUUUAAUUAAUUGA